GUGGUUCAGUAGUCAGCUGAUCAUACAGCACAGCCAAACUGCCAAUAUCAAGAGCAAAAAACAAAGUUAUAGCUAAAAAAGAGUUCAGUGAAGUUGAGUUGUACGUGGGAAAGACAAAAGUGUUGAUAUCAGUGAUUAUCCCUAGACAAUGGAAUAUAUUCUUCGAGACGAAUUGAUAACAAUAAUUGCAUAAAUGUACAACUAGCUCACAUCUGAUAGCCCUUCAACAAUGCAAUGGAGGCAAUGCCCUGCGACCCCUACGAGCAGCAACUCUUCAGUGUCUUCGAGUCCUGUCUCGAGCCAGGUCACUCUCACCUGUCCCCAUCGUCCCUCCGUUCUCUCUGCGAUAAGCUCCAACUGGAGGAGCGUGGUGAGGACCUAAUUACAUCCCUCCUCUCCGCCCAUCCCCUAAAAACCCCAAAUAUAUCCUUCACAGAUUUCAAAAACGGCCUAGUCACAUUUCUCGGUAAUAGCGAAUCCCCAGACCUCAAUACACCCCCGACAAUAACAAAUCCCCUCAAGGAGUCCCCCUCCAACUCACCCCAGAAGCAUGGACACUGGUCAAACUCCCUAGAAUUUCAACGGCUCCGUCAGUUCUGUUACAAAUUCAAUGGCACCAUGAACGAAAUACAAAAUCCAGACUCACCAGACACUGAGACACCUCUGCUCUCUAAGCACCUGCUGGAAAGUCUCUUCGAGAAAUUGGACAUGGACUGCGACGGUCUCAUUAACUUCUCAGAAUUCACGAUGCUCUUCCAGAACAGUCGUAAUCUCCAGGAUUACCUCACCACUGAUUUCACGAGGCUCCACUUGAACGACUCGACACAUGAAAAAAAUCCCACCAGCAUUUUGGGCCCAGAACAGACAGGCUUCCUGGAUAAAUCAAGUGUGAUCUCCCUAUGGGAAUUGGCAGGUAUCAGUGACCCCAAGAAUCUCCUGUCUGAUCUCGGUUUCACCUCCUCCGAGAUCAGCCUGACUGAGUUAGCCUCAGUUCUCAAUGAUGAGAUCAAGAGUCUUCAGCAUGAUUCGAUACCACCUAACACCAGAACGCACAUGAACCUGCUGCAAGGUGCCUUAGUAAUUUACCAAGAGGAAGUUCGAUCCUUCAACACAAUCGCUGAUCAAUUGCGAGGGGAACGGGAUAAAUUACGAAUGGAUGUCGCCGAGGCGAACGAGCGAGCGAGUCUCUUAGCCCAGGAAAUCGAUGAGAAUCACAUAAAGCUCGAGAAGUCUCGAAAAGAGCAGAUUAAACAAUUAGAACUGAAGCACACGGAAGUCAUGAGAGAGUUAAUCCACCAGAACAGCUCGGACAGGGAGGCUCAGACUCUCAUAAUUAAAUCCUUGAAGGAACAAUUGCACAAUCUCCAACAAGAGGAGCAACUCAUUCGGUCCAAGUUGGCAAGUGCUCUAAACGAGAACCAGAGCUUGGACCUUGAGAAUCAGGCUCACCUGGAGCAAAUCUCCAAGUUAAAACACUCAAACAAUCAACUGCACCUGAAGGUCCAGGUCCUCGCAGCGGAGCACGACGAAGCAGUGCAGAACGAGGAGCGUGAGAAUGAACAAAUGAUCUCCCUUGUUGAGAGGAUAAAGACCCUUCAGACAGAGUCCGCCCUGCUUCGAGACCAGAACGACGAGUUGACGUCCGAGCUGGAAGUCCUGAAGAGUCGAAACAUGGAGAUAAAGAACAGAACUCUGGGUUUCUCGAAAUUGGACUUUUCUGAUAGCUCUGAAGGGCUCAACUCAGUCUGCGACUCAGAACCCCUGGCUGAUCAAGCCCCAGAACUGAAAGAGGAGAGACAGUUGGACUCUGUGGAGUCCCAGGGCUCCACUGUCACUUGGUUGCAGACUAACGAAGCGAGUAGAUUGAUCAGAGAUCUGAAGACAAUUCUCGAUGACUCCAGUGCCCCACCAGAAAUGACUCUCUCCAGGCACAGGGAACAAAUUCCAGAACUAUUCAGCAAUCUGGAGAGCCUUCUCGAGGGAUUGCUGAAAACCGCUGACAGUAUUAAACCAGAGACGAAUAAUCAUGAGGAUGAAUCCAAGGAAUGUGAGGAACGCACCAGCGAGUCACUUCGAGAUCUAGUUAUCAAUAAAGCAGAGUCGUCUAGAUUAGUUAAAAGGAUAUCCUCCAGUGAUGGGAUGAUUAAUAUAGAUAAGAACUUCAAUAAUUUGGAGACGAAGGGUGGAAAGCACAAGAGCCUGCGGGACUAUCCACCCAGAAAAGACGAGAGCUCCCACUCUUCUCUCGAGGGUAAACUCGAUAAAGGUUACUCACUGAAGCCACCAGUGGAACCAAUUGAUGGGGAGGAUUUGGUGGAUGGAAAUGAUCUGGAAGCUAUCAGACAGGACAGAGAUCGAUUGACUUCUCUGUUGAAAGAACAAGAGCUGAGGCACAGUAAUGAAAAGCGAAUACUUCAGGAUCAACUAGCAGAGCUUGAGAAGUCUCUGGAUUCCCUCAGAACUGAGUACUACCAGUGUGAGGACUAUUGGGCUGGAAAGCUGGAGGAAGAGCGACAACUCGUUGAGCAGGAGCAAAAAAUAAGUGAUGAUAAAUUAGCUGAGUUGAUAGCAAAAAUAGCAGAGUAUGAGGAGCAGUUCAGUAUGGGAGAUAAAUCAAGAAAUGAUGGACGCUUGUCUCCCAUUGAUGAGAAAUUUAAUCUUGAGCAGCAGUACGUGGAUCUCCAGGAGGAGCUUGACGAGGUCAGGGUGAAGAAUGAGGAGAUAUUGGCUAUGAAGGAUAAGGAGAUCAUGGAACUGGAAGAAAGGGUGGCGAAGAGAGAGGUCGCGAGAACUGAGAUAGCUGUUCAGACGGUGGAGCACAGAUUGGUGAGAAGAUGUGCUAGUCUACCUAGUGGUUAUCCUCAAGUUCCUGGGGACACUGGCAUUUGUGGAAGUUCUGUGAAUCCUCCAGGGGCCUCUAUGAAGAUUUAUCAUAAUAAUCAGAAGCUCUUCGAGCCGGGCAAGCUCAAUCAAAUAGCUGAGCAUAGAAUCUCCUCCAAUGAAUUACUAUUUGUGCCUAACAGAAUUAAUUUGACAUGCUAUUGCCAGCAACUUGAUAAUUACUCGGGAAUCGAGGGGGAGAUUCAGAGGUUGAUACUGAAGAAGAUCGAAAUCGAGAGUGAGUGCAGUUCAUUGAUGAAACAGAAGGAACACCUGUUCAAGGAGAUUCUUGAAAUGCAGAGUGUCAAAGGGGGUCAGUUGUGCUCUACUGACGUCAUUCUGAAGAAUAUGACAUCGAAACUCCAGACUCAGGAGAAAAAGAUCAAGUCCCUCCAGGGAAUCGUUAAGCAGCAGAGAAUCUGCACUGAGAACAUUAUGGCAAAGCUGUGGAAACAGCAGAAGAGGGAAGUCGAGAGCCUCCAGGCGCUUGUUAAGAAUACUCAGGAAUCACUUCAAAAUCAGAUUCAGGUGAACUCAGGGAAUGUUGAGAAGCUGGGAAAGAUUGAUAUGGUGGUGAAUGAUCUUUGGGUUGAAAAUGCCUUCUUGAAGAAAAAACUGGAGAGCGAGGGACACUGCGAGCAUCGACAUGCUGUUAGCAACUGCAACACUGAAUCAACGUCCGUAUGACCAUUUGUGCAUUAUUACGGGGAUAAAAUUAAUUUAAGGGGGGGCAAGGGGCUCAGGAAGUAUCGUUUAUGGAGAUAUCAAUUGAGAUAUAUUUUUGUAAACAGUCGGGUGAGAUUGUUCGGGGAUAAUUAUUGAUUUGAGAGGGAGAUUUUUUUUUUGGUUUCUGGAUUCAAAUUUUUUUGGUAGAAUAAGUGUUAGGGUUUGAGAAUUUCUCAGGCUUAUAUUGUUGUUAUUAUGGAAAGUGAAGAGGAUUAUCGGUGCUGAUGAAUUUAUUUUUCGUUGAGAGGGGGAGGAAGAGGUAAAAGGUGAAAAGAGAAAAAUUGAAGACAUUUCGGUUUUGUGAAUGAUAAAAAUUGGAAUUUCUUUGUUUAAUCACUUGAUUAAUUCCCAGAAGCUCUGUGAACUAAAAAUUCUAUGAACUAACUGAUGGACGGCCAUUUUCCUCUGGCUUAACAUUAAAAAAAUUGAAUUUGUAAAUAUUCAGUUCAUGAAUUUGCAGUUUAUCGUGGAAAUAUCUCCGAAACAAAAAUGAAUACAGGAAACUGUUAAUCCAUUCUCUUUGUAAAUUGCACAAUUCUCAGCAAAAAAAAAUUAUUUCUACUGAAUCUCAUAGUUUCGGAGAUAUAAAUCACGUGAAAUAGACAGUUAAACAAUUAUUUCUCUUUCCAUCGUUUUUCUGACGAUUUACAUCAGGAAUUGAUGUCUCUUUGAUGCCUCGGUGUGUCAUAUUCCAUGCUUGAUUAAUUUCUUUCCACAAUGAUAUUUUGUAUUAUAAAUGACCUGUAUUAUAACAAUAAUUUUUCAUUACUCGAUUAAUCUUCUGCCAUCAAUGUGACUUUCCAUGAAAAUGCACUUGCACAGGUGAUUAACUGAUGAACUAUUUUCAAGCGAUAUUUUGAUACUAUUGUCUGUAGGCUAAUUAUUAAUUCAUCAAUUAUGGAUGAUGACACUAAUUUGUAUGAUAUGUUGAUUGAAAGCUUCAACCGUAAAAAAUGUACAGUUUAUAUUU